AUGACCUGUGAGCUAACGGAGUGUGUUCCCAGUGAAGUUGGUUAUAAAACAGUCGGUCUGCUGCAGCUGGUGUCAGAGCUGCAUUCCUGCAGGCUGCUGCAUGCGGCGCUGCAGCCUCAGCUCCUCAUCUGCUGCCACAGAGGUCUGCCGAGUCCUGAUCGGGUCUUCCCGGUGGACUGGUCCUCCUCGGUGGAUCUGGACCUGCAGCAGAUCACAGCGGUGCAGCAGCUUCCCUCAGCUCAGACCUACAUCAGCCUGGGAGUCCUGGAGCCCAACGCCCCCCCACAGCUGGUGGACCUGGUGGGCGUGGCCGAAACGGUUCACCUGCUGCUGACCAACAGCAAGAUGAUCCCAGUGAAGGACGACGACGGCUGGACGGUAGAACAGUUCAGUGGAGACCAACCCUGUGACGACACCUCCCGGAUGUGGCGGAGGUUUUUCCGGUCGUUGCUGAACGCCGGCGGCCGCUCGUCGCUGUCCGUCCUGUCGGAGCUGACGGAGCUGCUCUCUACGCUUCACCACUAAAACACCGUCUGUUUGUUCUGUUUGUUCUGUGUUCGUUUGUCUCUAUAUUUGUGUUUUUCUCUCUUACUAAAUAAAUGAAAAGCUCUUUGUGAAUCUCAAUGUCCAAGUUCACAGGAAGAGCUCAUUAUGAUGCUGUUAAUA